AUGUCUUCCUCCAGAAUUUUCAUCAAGGGCCUGCCUCCCAACAUCACCGAGGCAGAGUUCCGUAAGCAUUUUUCUGCUAAAAACCGAGAGAUCACAGAUGUCAAGCUGAUCCCCCAACGUCGGAUCGGAUAUGUGGGCUACAAGAGCGCGGAUGAUGCGACAAGUGCUGUCAAGUACUUCAAUCGAUCAUACAUUCGCAUGUCUAAGAUAUCGGUCGAGACUGCCCGACCUAUCUCAGACCCAGCCUUGAGCAAAGGACACAAUGCUUCCCGCAUACUCGGAGCGCCGGAAGCCCAAGCCCAAAGCGCUCCGCGGACAAAGUCUGAUCAUGACGUGAACCCGAAGAAGCGGAAGCGAGAGGAACAGGAAACAUCUGAUCCAAAGCUGCGAGAGUUCCUGCAGGUCAUGAGGUCCGGAAGGGAAGGUGCCAUUGCGGAUGACUCAAAUGCCCCAGCCGGGACAGAUCAUAUGCUUGGUUCGGGAGACGUCGCUGUUCCAGACGAAGAGAGUGAUGACGAGUACGAACAAAUCCCAUCGAGAAAAGAGAAAUCGAGAAGGAUAGAACCCCAUCAAGCCAAGUCGGACCAAGUAGCCCAACAACCACCACUCAGGGAUGAGAAAAUUCACCACGAUGAUACGCCUCAGGACACUGGUGAGAUCAAAGCUGAGCAAAUUGAUUCAGACAUGACUGGUCAAAAUCCAGAGCCGACUGGCGCAACAGACGACGAUUGGUUGCGAUCCCGGACCAACAGGUUGCUGGAUCUAGUUGACCCUGACGACCUCGACUCCGGAGCAGCGCCAAGCCCCGUAGAUGAUACCACAAAGCAAGACACAGAGGACGACAGACUAUCGUUGCAUUCCUCCGACGGGGUGACACCUGACACAACUGCUCCAGUGGCGACGAGUAGCGAAACAGCAACUGAAGGCGCUGUCGACGCUAUCUCUCGCACGUCUCGGCUUUUCGUCCGGAACCUGCCAUACAGCGCCACUGAAGAAGAUCUUCGGGAAGCGUUUGAUGAGUUUGGGACACUCCAAGAGGUCCAUCUGCCCGUAAGUGCUGCUGGGGCAACAAAGGGAUUUGCUUUGAUACUCUUCGCAGAUCCAUCGGACGCGGUGAAGGCAUUCCAGACAAUGGAUGGGGCAACGUUUCAAGGGCGAAUCCUCCACAUCAUUCCAGCCAGCGCAAAACGGGAGCAGGGAUUGGAUGAAUUUGGGAUUUCCAAGCUACCUCUGAAGAGACAAAACAUGAUACGUAAGAAAGCCGAGGCAGCUUCCAGCAGCUUCAAUUGGAACUCCCUCUACAUGAGCCAGGAUGCUGUCAACGCCUCUGUUGCCAGCCGGCUUGGUGUCUCAAAAUCCGAGCUGCUCGAUCCUACAUCGGCUGAUGCCGCCAUCAAGCAGGCGAUUGCGGAGACCACUGUAAUCCAAGAAACCAAGGCCUACUUCGCCGCAAAUGGUGUGGACCUGGAAGCGUUCAAAUCGCAACGGCGGGGUGAUACCACCAUCUUGGUAAAAAACUUUCCCUAUGGAACUACGAUGGAGGAGCUCAGAAAAAUGUUUGAGGAGCAUGGUCAGGUCCUCAAAGUGCUAAUGCCUCCCACUGGGACCAUUGCCAUUGUGCAGUUUGCACAAUCGAAUCACGCAAAAGCCGCUUUCGGUAAGGUUGCGUACAGGCGAAUCAAAGACAGUGUGCUCUUCUUGGAGAAGGGACCCAAAGAUUUGAUCCGAGAGGAUGUGUCGGGAUCGGCACAGGCAGGCAAAGUGACAACGGACCAACAGGCAACAGGGGUGCAAAAGCUUAGUGUCAACGACUUGUUGUCCAGCGGCGAUAAGGCAGAAGAGGUGGAAACGACCUCUCUGUUUAUCCGCAAUUUAAACUUCACCACAACCACUAGCAGGCUGGCGGAAGCUUUCGAAUCCCUCGACGGAUUCGUGUCAGCCAGGGUUAAGACGAAGAUGGAUCCCAAGAAACCCGGACAGACACUGAGUAUGGGUUUUGGGUUUGCAGAGUUUCGAUCCAAGGCCCAGGCCCAGGCAGCUCUCAAAGUCAUGGAUGGGUACGUACUGGAUGGCCACACUCUGGGCGUGAAGGCGUCGCACAAGGGCCAGGAUGCGGCCGAAGAAAGACGGCGGGAAGAUCGAGCAAAGAAGUCAGCGGCGCAGAGGACCAAGAUCAUCAUUAAGAACUUGCCCUUCCAAGCCACAAAGAAGGAUGUCCGGUCACUGUUCGGGACCUACGGCCAGCUUAGAUCUGUCCGCGUUCCAAAGAAGGCAGACUUUACCGCAAGAGGCUUUGCAUUUGCCGAUUUUGUCACUCCUCGAGAAGCGGAGAACGCGCUAAAUGCGCUCAAGGACACUCAUCUUCUCGGCCGCCGGCUAGUGCUAGACUUUGCGGAAGCCGAAGCCGUUGAUGCUGAGGAAGAAAUCGAAAAGAUGCAGCGCAAAGUAGGGGGACAAGUCAAUAAAGUAGCCCUUCAGAAGCUUACAGGCGGAGGGAGGAAAAAGGUCAAUAUUGGUAACGACGGGGAGGAUGAACUUGACGGUUAA